UGACAACAAUCGACAAGCGAGAACGGUGAGUGCUGAUGGUCUGUGUUUUAUCCUGCGGUGGUAGUAUCUCCUCCCCGUUUGGGAAUUGUUGUAUCACGUUUGCUCUUGCCAAUAAAGGCAAUGAAUCUCUCUCAAGUCAAUCCUCCGAUGCGGAUUCACUGCCAAAUAUGCUUCUCUCAUCUUGAUCACACAGGUAUCGUUCCAUGUCCACAUCGUUAUCGCCUAUGCCUUCAUUGCCCUCGGAGCAUCGUUAGCCUCUUAGUCUUCCCUAUCCUUAUUCCUCCAGACGAUUCCAUCCUGCUAAUGCAUGUACCUUUUCGCCAUGCGUACCUCCACGCUUCUGUUGAGCCUCGCAGCUGCAGCCUGCGCUCAUGAGGAACAUGACCUCAACCUGUUCCACUAUGGGCGACGAGGCCCUCUCCUCGGAACUUCAUUUGGCAUUCCCGGUGUGAACGCAACCUUUGACUAUCUCGUCGUUGGAGGCGGAACGGCUGGCCUGACUAUCGCGAGUCGACUUGCCCAGAGUGAGCGUUUCAGCGUUGCGGUCGUUGAAGCCGGUGAAUUCUUCGAAAUCAACAAUGGCAACCGAUCUGUCGUCCCCGCUUAUACGACAAAUGUUGCAUGCCAGGAUCCCUCCGAGUAUCAUCAGCCACUGAACGAUUGGGGCUUCAAGACGCAGCCGCAGCAAGCCCUGACUGGUCGCGUCUUCCACUGUAGAUACGGCAAGGGCCUCGGAGGCAAUUCAGCUGAGAACUCUAUGUUCUACAUCCGCCCGACCAGAGACAGCAUGCAAAAGUGGGCAGAGGAUGUGGGUGACGAGAGCUACCUCUUCGACAACAUGCUGCCAUACCUCAAGAGAUCCAUUCGGUUCACUCCGCCAGAUCCAGCCAUCUGGGGCACACACACUAACCUACAAAAUGAAGACGCUUUCGAUACUCGUGGUCCUCUUGAAGUGUCAGCGGGGAAUUGGGUCGAUCCACUCGCUAUUGCCAUGCGCAAAGCGCUAAUCGAUGGACUUGGCUUCAAUGAGACCGAGUUCAACAGUGGCAGCUUGAUGGGCUCCGGGUUCCCAAGUCGAACAAUCAACCCGAGAAAUGCUCAUCGUUCCUCGUCAGAGUCCAGCUUCCUGCAAGAGACUCUCGACCAUGGAAGUAAGCUCACAAUCUAUAAGAGUACGCUCGCCCAGAAGAUCCUGUUCAACGGUGGAGAUAAGACUGCUACAGAAAUCCGCGUCUCAACGGCCGGCACAUUCGGCACAUCGAACCUUGACUUUUUCCUCAGUGCUCGCCAGGAGAUCAUCGUGUCAGCAGGAGCUAUACAGUCUCCGCAAUUGCUUAUGGUCUCCGGCGUUGGUGAAUGUGAACAACUCUCUAGAUUCGGGAUCACUUGCAUGAGCCACCUGCCAGGCGUUGGGAAGAACCUGCAAGACCAUCCUCUUUUGACGACAACAUGUCGCGUAAAUGACUCCACAGUGCACUCUACAGUGAGUGACGUGCAAGUGCAGCAAUACCUCAAGAACGCUGCAGGACCAUUGACAGUUCCUGGUCAUGGGUAUUUAGGCUUUGAGAAGCUGCCGCAGCCAUAUCGAUCACGGCUGUCCGAGGAAUCCCUAAUGGCUCUUUCAGAUUUCCCCGAGGAUUGGCCCGAGCUUGAAUGGCUGAGCCCUGCCGUGAAACAAGACAACAAGAUUAAUUGGGGAGUUAACGCCACCUUGGGAGCAAAAAUCCUGACAAUGUUCUCCCGCGGGACGGUCUCCUUGGCCAGUCCGGACAUGUCCACAUCACCCAUCAUUGACCCGCAAUGGUUCGCCGACCCUAGGGACAUGAAACUCUCGCUCCAAACAUUCCGACGGAGUCAGGAGAUGUGGGCGCAGCUUGCUGAUCUCGGAAUGGUUGAUCUGGACAAUUGCUUUCCCGGAUUUGAGGUGAGCACGGAUGAACAGAUUCGCGAAUACCUACAACAGUAUGCGUCGGCCUUCAAUCAUGUCUCAUGCACGUGUAAAAUGGGACAGAAGAACGAUCCUAUGGCCGUGGUUGACAGUGCCGCUCGAGUGUUUGGAGUGCAGCAUCUGCGAGUAGUUGAUGCCAGCAGUUUUCCUUUCCUGCCACCAGGCCAUCCGCAGUCCAUAAUCUACGCAUUGGCCGAGAAGAUCGCGGAUGAGAUUUUGCAGGCAUAGCUCUGGUGUGGCAGAAUGUCGUUUGUCGUGGGUCUUGGACUGUGUAUAUAAGUCAUUCUUAGAGGCAUCAAUUUAGACCAUCGGGCGCAGCG